AUGCCCGUCAACGUCCCCGCCGCCAACUCCCUCCACGACUUGCUCAGCAUGAAGGGCAAGGUCGUCGUCGUCACCGGUGCCUCCGGACCCCGCGGAAUGGGUAUUGAAGCCGCCCGGGGCUGUGCCGAGUUCGGUGCCAACGUCGCCAUCACCUACGCUUCCCGUGCCGAGGGCGCCCAGAAGAACGUCGACGAGCUCACCAAGACCUACGGCGUCAAGGCCAAGGCCUACAAGUGCGACGUCGGCGACUGGAACAGCGUCGAGUCCUUCGUCAAGAACGUCCUCGCCGACUUUGGUCAGAUCGACGCCUUCAUCGCCAACGCCGGCCGUACCGCCAGCAGCGGCAUCCUCGACGGCUCCGUCAAGGACUGGGAGGAGGUCAUCCAGACCGACUUGACCGGUACCUUCCACUGCGCGAAGGCCGUCGGCCCUCACUUCAAGGAGCGCGGCACUGGCAGCUUCAUCGUCACCUCUUCCAUGUCCGGCCACAUCGCCAACUUCCCUCAGGAACAGACCUCCUACAACGUCGCUAAGGCUGGCUGCAUCCACUUCGCUCGCUCGCUGGCCAACGAAUGGCGUGACUUCGCUCGUGUCAACUCCAUCUCCCCCGGUUACAUCGACACCGGUCUGUCUGACUUCGUCGACAAAGACACCCAGAACCUCUGGCUCUCCAUGAUUCCUCUCGGCCGUAACGGUGACGCUAAGGAGCUCAAGGGCGCCUACGUCUACCUGGCCUCCGAUGCCAGCACGUACAUGACUGGCAACGACAUGCGCAUUGACGGUGGAUACUGCGUGCGGUAA